CAAAAGCUCUUGCUUCUUUAGCCUCAAGUUAUUCAAAAGCAAAAGAAGUGAACAACAUGAAUCCAGCGGCUUCUUUCCUGCUCUUCUUUUCUCUUGCCCUUCUCUCCUUAGCUAGAGCUCAAGGAAGAGCACCCCAUGGGCUUGCUUAUGAGAACCCGAUGGCUUUCUCGCCAUCUGCAUUUGAUUUCUUCCAUCCGAACGGCCAAAAACCAAGCACCCAAAACCCUUGUGCUGCAUCAAACUGCUCACCAUUGCCUAUGGCAGCGCAGGUGGAAGCCAGUCUAGCGCAUCAAAGCAAAGCAUCAAGCAACCGGGUGGGAGCUGGAGGAAUUGCGGGCAUUGUGUUUGGGUUUGUGUUUGCUGUGCUUUUGGCAAUGGGUGUUUACUAUGUGGCGGUCACACGUCGAGCCAAUUUGACCCGAGCCAACUCUGUUCAGCCUGAUGCUUGAUUUACCUACUAUAAGCCACUGACAGCAAGCACCCAGGAUCAUUCCACAGUGAUAUGAUCUUCUUGUUCUCUUUUAUUUUUUGUAUUUUUCCCAAUUUGGGGUAAGAAAUGUUGUAUUUAUCAUCUUGUUACCAAUUAGCUACAUGGUAUUGUACUAUUAGAACUCUUGGCCAAA